AUGGAUCUUUUGCUUUUUUUCUUGCUAGCUGCUUUCUUCCCUGUUUCUGAGUCAUCGAAAACAUACUGGAAUGCAAUAGAAGGUGAAGCUUUUGUCGUAAAGUGUCCUCCCUUAGACUCUCCUAUGACUUGGCGUCUCGGUGACAAGAACAUCUCCACAGACACAGGAGCGCGAGUGCAUUCUUCUGGGAGGGACCUUUGGUUUCUGCCAGCAACAGCCAGUGAUUCUGGAACUUAUACUUGUGCCACAACUAUGUAUCUUUCUAAUGUGUCUAAAACUCUGAAGGUGACAAUACAUCCACGCGAAGAAGGCAUUUGUUUUUACGAGGAUGCUCUCUAUUUAGGACGUGUUGGAAGUCCUGGAUCAGGACACAUUUAUUGUCCUUCUUUUUAUAACUAUGAGAAUGCAACUAUUUUCAAGUGGUACAAGGACUGUAAAGAACUUCAUGGGUCAAGAUACAAAACAUUUCGUGAUGUACUUGCCAUUAAUGAAGCCAAUGUAAAUGAUACUGGGAACUAUACUUGCCAAUUUACAUACAGCUAUGGUGGAAGAAACUUUACUGUAUCUGCAACAAGGGGUUUUAGAAUUGCAAACAGAGAUUGUAGUUUGGUAUCCAAAAGGCAAUACAAUUAUGGAGGUUCUCCUCUGAACAUUACAUGCAAGGCAUGGCUAGGUAAUGGAGAGCAAACCAUGGCUGGCAGUUCUUGGAAAUAUAAUGGGGGGGAACUUCCUGAACCUUUCGUUAGUAGCAGUCGAGAGUAUAUGGAAUCAAGUGGACUGUUUACAGAAGCCAUAUUAAGUACCAGUGAAGUGAAGAGAGAACACCUGGGCUUGAAUUUCACGUGUGAAAUGUUCAAUGAUAUGGAGCGCAAAAGAGUCAGUGUAAUGUUGUCUGAAGCCCAAUGUAAAGGUCACAACAACACCUUCCUUAUUGUGGCGUUCUUUUUUUUAUUCACCGUUAAAAUAUUCAUCGCGAUGCUUUACCAUUUUUUUCGAAUUGACAUUGUUUUAUUGUACCGAAGGAUAUUUAACUGCAUUGAACCCAAGGAGGAUGGGAAAAUAUAUGAUGCAUAUGUUAUCUAUCCCACAAACUACAUAAAUGGCAUUUCUGAAAAUAAUUUCGUGGGGUCAUUUGUUCAUCAGGUUCUACCAGAUGUGUUAGAAAAUAAAUGUGGAUAUAAAUUGUGUAUUUAUGGGAGAGAUGUGUUACCUGGAGAAGAUGCUGUGGAUGCAAUUGAAAAGAGAAUACAAAAGAGCAGAAGAGUGAUACUCCUUCUAACACAAUGCCUGGCCAAGAAUGACUGUUUUGUGUAUGAGCACCAGAUCGCCUUAUACCAUGCCCUCAUCCGAAAUAACGUGAAAGUGAUUCUGUUGGAAAUGGAGAGGAUUGGAGAGUAUGAACAACUUCAGGAUUCCCUCAGGCAUCUCAUUCACCAGCAAGGAACUGUACAAUGGAAAACAAAAUACAUGGCCCAACCAGCUUCACCUGACUCCGCAUUCUGGAAACAUGUGAAAUACCAAAUGCCACUGAAGCGUAAUCGUGCCAUGAAUACAUGAAUCGGUAAAAUGUUUGGUGUGUUUUACUUCUGAAGGAACUGUGUUUUUUCGCUUCCAAAGUAUCAUGUACUCAACAAAAGUAGGUAAAGAGAGAAGUAUGGCAUUAUUUAUAUUUCUUUGCUUUUGGGGCCUCACUUAAAAGCAGUGGAGCUACUGUUGUAAA